AAACCACGACUUAGACUACUUAUCCUCGUUUUAGUGCAAUCAAUAUCAGUACGAAGGUAGGCGCCGUACGCGCGAUGCCGGCCCUCAAAUCGCCUCAAAAAUUGUGAAAUCGUCUUCGAGUGUUGGGAGCAAGUGGAAGUCGACAGUAAGUCUGGUUCCAGUCUGAUCGAAAACAUCGACACCAACACACACCGCGCGUAAUUAACAGUGAAGAGUGCAAACUGUGACUUUACCAAUAAAAACUGACGAAUGCGUAGGUGCGUUUCCUAAUUUACUCAAUCUACGCGACUUGGGAAUUCUAGUGCUGUAUACGUGCUAUGACCGCAGUGUUUUGUGCUCGCUUUCCUCCACUCCUGUUCUCUCCCUCAGGACUCGGGCCAUGUAGUUGCCGCCUGGACCCGACCCGGCCCUCCUGAAACUCCAGCGAUCCAAACCCGGAUUACACGACCGCACGGCACAACUAGAGGUAUCGCGAUGCGUUUGAACAUGCUGAUAUACCUUAUAGUGGCAUGUUGUUGGGGUAAAUCUCUCUCGAUACCUCAACAAAUACUCAAUGAAUUUAAGUCGACGCUGUUACCCCUGUUCGGUCUCAAAGAGCAGCCGAAAAUCGAAGGCAAAGUGCAAGUACCGGAAGCCCUGAGGAAGAUCUACAAUAUCCAAAACAACUUUGAAUACGACACAGCCUCUUUACCCUUACCGGGACUCUACACCCAGAGUGCCAACACCGUACGGAGUUUCACCCAUGUGGAAAGUCCAAUCGACGAAAAAUUCGUCCACCCCCACCGAUUCCGGUUAAAAUUCAACGUUUCUUCAAUCCCGAAACACGAAAAACUCACAGCAGCUGAAAUCAAAUUAACCCGUGAAACAGUCGAAAAUGUCACCUUCCAUCCAUUUCAACGUGUCUUAGUCCACGACAUCCUCCAACCUGGUGUUAAGGGCGUCCACGGCCCCAUCACCCGAGUCAUCGAUUCAAAAGUAAUUGAUACUCGAAAAAACACCACUGUGAGUAUUGACGUCUUCCCCGCAGUCGCGCGAUGGAUGCAAGACUCCAAGAGCAAUCAUGGUAUUCUCAUCGUGGUGUAUUCAACUGGGGCGAAAACAUCACCUCCUAAGAAGCACCUGAGGCUGCGGCGUGACACCGCUCCGCUUCAGUGGUACCAACACCAGCCUCUUCUCUUCACAUACACCGACGAUGGUAAAAACCAGCAGAGGACAGGGACGGAAUUGACGAAAAUGCGGCCCAAGAGGCAAAGUUCGCGUCGGCAUAGAAAAAACUUAAAAGAUCCGUGUCGGAGACGUCAGAUGUACGUCGAUUUUACUGCCGUGGGGUGGAACGACUGGAUUGUGGCCCCUUUGGGGUACGACGCGUACUACUGCGGGGGUGAAUGCGAAUACCCCAUCCCCGACCACAUGAACACGACGAACCAUGCUAUUGUGCAGAGUUUGGUGAAUUCAAUGAAGCCGAAAGAGGUGCCGGGGCCGUGUUGCGUGCCGACGCAGCUGGGGCAGAUGUCGAUGCUGUAUUUGGGCAGCGACGGCAAUGUGAUUCUCAAGAACUAUAAGGAGAUGGUGGUUGUGGGCUGCGGCUGCCGAUAAUGUCCUCCGGGACGGUAAAACGAUAUCUGUGAUCAGGAUGAUGGACCAAAUCGGGGGAACUUUCUAGUGUCUGUGAUCUUAAAAACUUUGAGACUGCUUGCAGCUGCAUAGUCCCAGUGAGAACUGACUGAUUUUGUGCUAUUUGGACUGGGUGAAACCCACGUGAAAAACUAUGUGGAAGUGGAAUCUGUGAUUGUAAUUUUAAUUCGAUGCGAAACUAAAUCUGCACCCUUUGAGACAUUCAACGGUUGCUGGAUUGCUGUUAACCAGUUGUCUUUCACGUGAUUGAAACAUGGUCUUUUAAUGUCUAAACUGCAGUCGAUGUGAAAGUUAUAAGUUGGAAAUUUACUUGUAUUAAAAUAUCGAGUCCAUGCAAUUGAGUCAAGUGUAAUAUAUUAGUACCUGGAUAAGGAGUAUUUAUUGAUUAUUUUAUAGGUAUGUGCAUAGUGUACAGAUUAAUUUGUAAUAUAACUUGACAAGCAUUGUUUCUUAACGUUAUGUAAGCUUUUGUACAGACUGUAUAUAUUAAAAUAUUUUAUUCUU